UCCGAGCCCAAUUGCUCAAGCCGCUUCCUUCCCCAACGCCAGCGCCAGUUCCUCUCUUGGUGGGGCCCGGGAAGGGCAGCAAACGCUAGACACUGGAAGCGCUGCGGCGGCAGGACCAUGGCCGAGCCCCGAGGGGCCGCGAAGCCGGCACCCAAGGCCUCCUUCGCACCGACCAAGCCGAGCCUGCGGAGCGCCCCGCAGCCCCGCCUCUCGAGAGUGGACACCGGCAGCCUGGGCAGGUACCGGGGCAACGCCGCCGCCUCCCGGGAGCCCUCUUUCCACGGCUCGUUGAUGCCCUCGGGAACAGGCUUGGGGCGCCGGCGGGGAGCGCUGCGGGAGCUGCUGGGGCUGCAGGGGGCGGCUCCCGCCGUGUGGCUCUCGGAGGAGCGCCCUGAGGAGCAGUCCCCGGGCGGGCCGAACGGAUCGGGCGGUAGCAGGCUGUGCUUGGAGCCCCGGGAGCACGCGUGGAUACUGGCGGCCGCCGAGGGCCGCUUUGAGGCGCUGCAGGAGCUGCUGGAAGCCGAGCCGGGGCUGCUCCUGCGGGGCGACCCGAUCACGGGCUACACGGUGCUGCACUGGCUGGCCAAGCACGGGCGCCACGAGGAACUCAUCCUGGUGCACGACUUCGCCCAGCGCAGGGGGCUGCAGCUCGACGUGAGCGUCCCGGGCAGCGGUGGCCUCACGCCCCUCCACCUGGCGGCCCUGCAGGGCCACGACAUGGUCAUCAAGGUGCUGGUGGGCGCCUUGGGGGCGGACCCCACGCGCCGCGACCACAGCGGCCACCGGGCCUGUCACUACCUGCGGCCCGACGCGCCCUGGAGCCUGCGGGAGCUGUCGGGGGCCGAGGACUGGGAGGCGGCGGGCGGCAGCGGGCGUAAAAACGCCAACAACAACAGCAGCGGCGGUGGCACCGCCGCUGCCGCGUGGACGCUGAAACGCGCCCGGAGCGCAGUGGGCGCGCCGGUCGUGGAGACUACGGCCAGAGUGGCGGCGGCGCCCCCCAAGGGGAAGGACUCUGUGGGCAGCCGGGUGGCGCAAAUUCAAGGCCUUCUCCGCCACGUGUUCCCCUUCUUCCAGGACCGUUGAAGGCGACGGAGACUGGAGAGCGUGGAGGGACCGCGACGCUGCGGCGAGGCCACGGUCCCGGUUGGUCCCGGGUGCCACCGAAGGGGCGGGAGCUCGGGCCGCAGCCGUGGGCGCUGGGCCUGCAAGGAGCAGACCACCUCCGGAUCGCUCUCAGGCACCUGUCUCAGGUCUCCUACAGACACCAGCCAGGAGACACGGGGACCAGGGCACCCCUAACCGAGAGAGAGCAAAGACCAAGCCAUCCUGGCGUGGAAUCCCCAAACUACAGGACUAAGGAGUUAGGAGCAGUAUCGUGGUCCUGCUUGGAGAGGGAAAGUUAAGCUUCCAGUAGCCAUUUCUGGGCAGGCGGAAGCUCUGGGUUUAUUAGGAAACAUUUGCUAGAAGGAUGAGUUAAGAUUGUAAACCACCGAUGCAGAGGAAGCGCUCAACUGCAGGCCUGACUGGGCUAUUAACGGGUCACUUUGUGAAGGCAGAGUUAGUCCCUGUCAACCUGCUCCUGAGACAACCAGGCCUUACCCAUAGGGUUUCUAAUGUAUUCUGAAUGAUUUCUUAAGCAUAUUAAAGUGGAAUAUGUUUUCCUUUCACAUGA